AUAAUUCAAUACAGUAAAACAACACAACAAAGCUAAAGAGAAAGAAAAAAACGUAAAAAUCGAAGAAGACCGGAGAAAAUGGCGAAACCGUUGGGAACAACCGGUGAAUUUUUCCGGCGAAGGGAUGAGUGGAGGAAGCAUCCGAUGCUAUCGAAUCAAAUGAGACACGCACUUCCAGGUAUCGGAAUCGGUGUUGGUGCCUUCUGCGUUUACCUCGUCGGUGAACAGAUCUAUAGCAAACUCAUGGCUCCUUCUUCUCAAUCAUCGCAUCAGAAACAACCCGCUCCAUCUCACUGAGAGAAUCAUUAGAUUGUUUCGAUGAUGAAAACCGUGGCAGAUAAAGAGCUGAUGGAUUCACAAUUUGCUGUUUUUUUUGUUUCUUGGAUUGUCUCAAUAAGCUGUGAAUGAAAGACAAAGACUCUGAUCUCUAUGUUGAAUGUUAUAAUCUUGUAUGACAGUUUCCAGUACAUGGUUUCGUUAUGUGAUUUCUUUGCUUAAUAGUAGUUCUUCUAAGAUGACACUGGAGAAUAAAGAUUGCCUCUUAUGUGAUACAAGCAGUCGUUUUUGUGCGAUAUCAUUAGCAAAGGCUUUUUAACAACGUCAAUGAUCCUCCUUAUUGGCUAUGGUUAAGACGAAUGUAAAAACUCGAGUGGUUUGAAACCAAAAAUCAAUAUCAUAUGAAGCAUGAAGCAUGAAGGUUGUUAUAUGAAGCAUUUACACGGUACAGUUUGUUUAUCCUUUUACUUACAUCACAUGUAUGGUUAAAUUGUAUUGGUACAUAACUACAUAUCAAUCCU